CCGGCCCCAGAUUGUUGGAAUUUUGCGGGCCAUUGUUGAGUUUCCAUCAUCGCCAGCAAUUUUUUGGCCUAUUUCAGUUGGUUUCGGCACGAACCGCACACUUUUUCGACACUUUACCAGCCAAUACGGGCUGACAAGACCGGAACAUUUUAUUGUCAACUCAAAUCAGCUGGUCUCCAAUGGACGACAAUCCUUUCGUUCUUCGAAACGUUUUUUAUCUGCGUGACGUAAGAAACACAUGCCCACCAACAUAACGAAAAUUUAGGUUUUUUGAAAACAAGUCGUCAGUGAAAAAAGUGCACUUGGGCGCUUCCCAGACGCCCUUCUAAAACAGCACAACUACAAUUUUAACGUAAUUCCUUAAAAUUAUCUAAUUUUAGACGAUAAAAAGUCUUUCUUAAAAUCGGACAUGUUGGCUAGACUGUUUGGUAGUUGAAACAAUUUACCUACUCACACCACUUUUUUUAUCUACUAACAUAAACUAAUCCCUAAUUUCUUUUAAAAUUCUUGACUGAAGGAAAGAUUAAUAUUGUUCUUUUUACAAAGGUUUAGUUAACAUUUAAUUUUUUGAGGAUUAUUGUAUUUUUACAAUUAAACAAGCGACAAAAACAACAGCGAUAAUCUGUAGGUUUCAAUGUCAAGGACACACUUUACAUUACUACAUUUUUAUCAAAAUUUCUAUGAUUUAUUAUUAUUGUUGAUACUAUCAAUUCAUGUUAUGAAUUUUAAAACUGGGAACAAAAACAAGCAAUAAUCCAAUAACCCACUUUUUUGUUACAUUCUUCUAAAAUUGUUUUUUGGGACUAUGAACAAGUGCCAAUUCAAUAUCCUUUUCAAAAUCAAUUAAAAAAAGUGUUAUGUAAAUUAUGCAAUAAAUUAUUAACAAUAAAUAAAAAAGGCGCUGUCACGUGAUCUGUCAAAUUUUCUAACCUCACAUUUCCCUCGAGUUUUAGGUUAUAAGAAUUAUUGAAAAUGUUACCCCCUUCUAGCGGUAUAGGCCAGUUUGCUGCAACAUCGGCCAAAGUAAUCCGUUUCGUGCGAGCAGGGUGUACAAAUCGUCCGUUUUUUCACAUUGUCGUUGCAGAGCGGCGGAGGGAACAGUUUGAGCCCGUUAUAGAACAACUAGGGUCGUAUGAUCCUAUGCCAAAUGAGAAAAAUGAAAAACUCGUCUCUCUUAAUUUAGAACGCAUCAGUUACUGGAUUGGAAACGGGGCACGAUGUUCAACUCCCGUUGAAGAAUUAUUAGGUUUGGCCGGUUAUUUCCCCAUUCACCCCAGAAGUUACAUGACAGCGUGGAGGAACAGAAGAAAAGCAGAAGAAGAAGCUAAAGAACCUGACGAUAGUAAAGAUGAAAAAUCAGAAACAAGUAGUUCUGUUUAGUAUAAUAUAUUACUGGUCUGUUUAGAAAUAAAUAAAACAAAAUUUAAUUAUUUAA